UUCGGCUCCGGCAGCACUGGAGGCAGCAGCGGCCGGAGGGCGAGUUGCGGGGCGCGUCCCGCCGCCGGGGACCGGGAGGCUUCCCCUCGGGGACCCUCGGCCGACUGCCUCCGCCGCGCCGUCCCGCGGGAGCCGGCGGGACCCCCGGCCGGCAGGGAGCGCCGGCGGCGGCCGCGGCACCAUGAGGCGGCCGUGGGGCGCGCUGCUGCUUGGCGCCCUGCUCUGCGCACACGGCCUAGCCAGCAGCCCUCAGUGUGCUUGUGGGCGGAACCACUUCACGUGUGCCGUGAGUGCCCUUGGCGAGUGUACUUGCAUCCCCGCCCAGUGGCAGUGUGAUGGAGACAACGACUGCGGGGACCACAGCGAUGAGGAUGGAUGUAUGUUGCCCACCUGCUCCCCUCUUGACUUUCACUGUGACAAUGGCAAGUGCAUCCGCCGCUCCUGGGUUUGCGACGGGGACAACGACUGUGAGGACGACUCAGAUGAGCAGGACUGUCCCCCUCGGGAGUGUGAAGAGGAUGAGUUCCCCUGCCAGAAUGGCUACUGCAUCCGGAGCCUGUGGCAUUGUGAUGGUGACAAUGAUUGUGGCGACAACAGCGAUGAGCAGUGUGACAUGCGCAAGUGCUCUGACAAGGAAUUCCGCUGCAGUGACGGGAGCUGCAUUGCUGAGCACUGGUACUGCGAUGGUGACACCGACUGCAAAGAUGGCUCUGACGAGGAGAACUGUCCCUCUGCGGUGCCAGCGCCCCCCUGCAACCUGGAGGAGUUCCAGUGUGCCUACGGCCGCUGCAUCCUCGAUAUCUACCACUGUGAUGGCGAUGAUGACUGCGGAGACUGGUCAGACGAGUCCGACUGCUCCUCCCACCAGCCCUGCCGCUCUGGGGAGUUCAUGUGUGACAGUGGCCUGUGCAUCAACGCUGGCUGGCGCUGUGAUGGCGAUGCAGACUGUGAUGACCAAUCUGAUGAGCGCAACUGCACCACCUCCAUGUGCACAGCAGAACAGUUCCGCUGUCGGUCCGGCCGCUGCGUCCGCCUGUCCUGGCGCUGCGAUGGUGAGGAUGAUUGUGCAGACAACAGCGAUGAAGAGAACUGUGAGAACACAGGAAGCCCCCAGUGUGCCUCGGACCAGUUCCUGUGUUGGAACGGGCGCUGCAUCGGGCAGAGGAAGUUGUGCAAUGGGGUCAAUGACUGUGGUGACAACAGCGAUGAGAGCCCACAGCAGAACUGCCGGCCCCGGACGGGUGAGGAGAGCUGCAAUGUUAACAACGGUGGCUGCGCCCAGAAGUGCCAGAUGGUGCGGGGGACAGUGCAGUGUACCUGCCACACCGGCUACCGGCUCACAGAGGAUGGUCACAUGUGCCAGGAUGUGAAUGAAUGUGCUGAGGAGGGGUAUUGCAGCCAGGGCUGCACCAACAGCGAAGGGGCUUUCCAGUGCUGGUGUGAGGCGGGCUACGAACUGCGGCCUGACCGGCGCAGCUGCAAGGCUUUGGGGCCGGAGCCUGUGCUACUGUUCGCCAAUCGCAUCGACAUCCGGCAGGUGCUGCCGCACCGCUCCGAGUACACGCUGCUGCUCAACAACCUGGAGAACGCCAUCGCCCUCGAUUUCCAUCACCGGCGCGAGCUCGUCUUCUGGUCAGACGUCACGCUGGACCGGAUCCUCCGUGCCAACCUCAAUGGCAGCAACGUGGAGGAGGUUGUGUCUACGGGGCUGGAGAGCCCAGGGGGCCUGGCUGUGGAUUGGGUCCACGACAAACUCUACUGGACCGACUCAGGGACGUCCAGGAUUGAAGUGGCCAACCUGGAUGGGGCCCACCGGAAGGUGCUGCUUUGGCAGAACCUCGAGAAGCCCCGGGCCAUUGCCUUACACCCCAUGGAGGGUACCAUUUACUGGACAGACUGGGGCAACACCCCCCGCAUCGAGGCCUCCAGCAUGGAUGGCUCUGGGCGCCGCAUCAUCGCCGAUACCCAUCUCUUUUGGCCCAAUGGCCUCACUAUCGACUAUGCUGGGCGCCGUAUGUACUGGGUGGAUGCUAAGCACCACGUCAUCGAGAGGGCCAAUCUGGAUGGGAGUCACCGCAAGGCUGUCAUUAGCCAGGGCCUACCACACCCCUUUGCCAUCACGGUGUUUGAAGACAGCCUGUACUGGACGGACUGGCACACCAAGAGCAUCAACAGUGCUAACAAAUUUACUGGCAAGAACCAGGAGAUCAUUCGCAACAAACUCCACUUCCCCAUGGACAUCCACACCUUGCACCCCCAGCGCCAGCCUGCAGGGAAAAACCGCUGUGGGGACAACAACGGAGGCUGCACCCACCUGUGUCUGCCCAGUGGCCACAACUACACCUGUGCCUGCCCCACUGGCUUCCGCAAGAUCAGCAGCCAUGCCUGUGCCCAGAGUCUUGACAAGUUCCUGCUUUUUGCCCGAAGGAUGGACAUCCGUCGGAUCAGCUUCGACACAGAGGACCUGUCCGAUGAUGUCAUCCCACUGGCUGACGUGCGCAGUGCUGUGGCCCUUGACUGGGACUCCCGGGAUGACCACGUGUACUGGACAGAUGUCAGCACUGACACCAUCAGCAGGGCCAAGUGGGAUGGAACAGGACAGGAGGUGGUAGUGGAUACCAGUUUGGAGAGCCCAGCAGGCCUGGCCAUUGAUUGGGUCACCAACAAGCUGUACUGGACAGAUGCAGGGACAGACCGGAUUGAAGUGGCCAAUACAGAUGGCAGCAUGAGGACAGUACUCAUCUGGGAGAACCUUGAUCGUCCCCGGGACAUCGUGGUGGAACCCAUGGGCGGGUACAUGUAUUGGACUGACUGGGGUGCAAGCCCCAAGAUUGAACGAGCUGGCAUGGAUGCCUCAAGCCGCCAGGUCAUCAUCUCUUCUAAUCUGACCUGGCCUAAUGGACUAGCCAUUGACUACGGUUCCCAGCGGCUAUACUGGGCUGAUGCUGGCAUGAAGACAAUUGAAUUUGCUGGACUGGAUGGCAGCAAGAGGAAGGUGCUGAUCGGAAGCCAGCUCCCCCACCCGUUCGGGCUGACCCUCUAUGGAGAGCGCAUCUAUUGGACUGACUGGCAGACCAAGAGUAUACAGAGUGCAGACCGGCUCACGGGGCUGGACCGGGAGACGCUGCAGGAGAAUUUGGAGAACCUCAUGGACAUCCAUGUCUUCCACCGCCGGCGGCCCCCAGUGUCCACACCAUGCGCUGUAGAGAAUGGCGGCUGCAGCCACCUGUGUCUUCGGUCCCCAAAUCCAAGCGGCUUCAGCUGUACCUGCCCCACGGGCAUCAACCUAAUGCCUGAUGGCAAGACCUGUUCACCAGGCAUGAACAGUUUCCUCAUCUUCGCCAGGAGGAUAGACGUACGCCUGGUCUCCUUGGACAUCCCUUACUUUGCCGAUGUGGUAGUACCCAUCAACAUUACUAUGAAGAACACCAUUGCCAUUGGAGUGGAUCCCCAGGAAGGAAAAGUGUACUGGUCGGACAGCACGCUGCACAGAAUCAGCCGUGCCAAUCUGGAUGGCUCACAGCAUGAGGACAUCAUCACCACAGGGCUGCAAACCACAGAUGGGCUCGCAGUGGAUGCCAUUGGCCGGAAAGUGUACUGGACAGACACGGGAACCAACCGGAUCGAAGUGGGCAACCUGGACGGGUCCAUGCGGAAAGUGUUGGUGUGGCAGAACCUUGACAGCCCCCGGGCUAUUGUUCUGUACCACGAGAUGGGGUUCAUGUACUGGACAGACUGGGGGGAGAAUGCCAAGUUAGAGCGGUCGGGAAUGGAUGGCUCGGAACGUACUGUGCUCAUCAGCAACAACCUAGGAUGGCCCAAUGGACUGACUGUGGACAAGGCCGGCUCCCAACUGCUCUGGGCUGAUGCCCACACCGAGCGAAUUGAGGCCGCUGACCUGAAUGGUGCCAAUCGGCACACGCUGGUGUCACCUGUGCAGCACCCAUACGGCCUCACUCUGCUCGACUCUUAUAUCUACUGGACUGACUGGCAGACCCGUAGCAUCCACCGCGCCGACAAGGGUACUGGCAGCAAUGUCAUCCUGGUGAGGUCCAAUCUGCCAGGCCUCAUGGACAUCCAGGCUGUGGACCGGGCACAGCCACUGGGUUUUAACAAGUGCGGUUCAAGAAAUGGUGGCUGCUCCCACCUCUGCUUACCUCGGCCCUCUGGCUUCUCCUGUGCCUGCCCCACUGGCAUCCAGCUAAAGGGAGAUGGGAAGACCUGUGAUCCCUCUCCUGAGACCUACCUGCUCUUCUCCAGCCGCGGCUCCAUCCGGCGUAUCUCACUGGACACCAGCGACCACACAGAUGUGCAUGUCCCUGUUCCCGAGCUCAACAAUGUCAUCUCCUUGGACUAUGACAGUGUGGAUGGAAAGGUCUAUUACACAGAUGUGUUCCUGGAUGUUAUCAGGCGAGCAGAUCUGAAUGGCAGCAACAUGGAGACAGUGAUCGGGCGUGGGCUGAAGACCACCGACGGGCUGGCAGUGGACUGGGUGGCCAGAAAUCUGUAUUGGACAGAUACGGGGCGAAAUACCAUUGAAGCCUCGAGGCUAGACGGUUCCUGCCGCAAGGUGCUGAUCAACAACAGCCUGGAUGAGCCUCGGGCCAUUGCUGUUUUCCCCAGGAAAGGGUACCUUUUCUGGACGGACUGGGGCCACAUUGCCAAGAUUGAGCGGGCGAACUUGGACGGCUCUGAGCGGAAGGUUCUCAUCAACACGGAUCUGGGUUGGCCCAAUGGCCUUACCCUGGACUAUGAUACCCGCAGGAUCUACUGGGUAGACGCACAUCUGGACCGGAUUGAGAGCGCUGACCUCAGCGGGAAGCUACGGCAGGUCUUGGUCAGCCAUGUGUCCCACCCCUUUGCCCUCACUCAGCAGGACAGGUGGAUCUACUGGACAGACUGGCAGACCAAGUCAAUCCAGCGUGUUGACAAGUACUCAGGCCGGAACAAGGAGACAGUGUUGGCCAACGUGGAAGGACUCAUGGAUAUCAUUGUGGUUUCCCCUCAGCGGCAGACAGGGACCAAUGCCUGUGGUGUGAACAACGGUGGCUGCACCCACCUCUGCUUUGCCAGAGCUUUGGACUUUGUGUGUGCCUGUCCUGAUGAGCCCGAUGGCCAGCCCUGCUCCCUUGUACCUGGCCUGGUGCCCCCAGCUCCCAGGGCGACCAGCAUGAGUGAAAGGAGCCCAGUGCUACCCAACACACUACCUACCACCUUGCGUUCUCCUACCACCCAGACGCGCACAUCUCUGGAGGAGGUGGGAGGAAGAUGCUCUGAAAAGGAUACCCAGCUGGGCCUCUGUGCACAUUCCAAUGAGGCCGUACCUGCUGCUCCAGGGGAAGGACUCCAUGUCAGCUAUGUCAUCGGUGGACUCCUCAGUAUUCUGCUGAUUCUGGUGGUGAUUGCAGCUUUGAUGCUGUACAGACACAAAAAAUCCAAGUUAACCGAUCCUGGAUUGGGGAACCUGACCUACAGCAACCCCUCCUACCGAACUUCCACUCAGGAAGUGAAAAUUGAAGCAAUCCCAACACCAGCCAUGUACAAUCAACUGUGCUAUAAGAAAGAGGGUGGACCUGACCAUAACUAUACCAAGGAGAAGAUCAAGAUUGUAGAGGGAAUCUGCCUCCUGUCUGGGGAUGAUGCUGAGUGGGAUGACCUCAAGCAACUGCGCAGCUCACGGGGCGGCCUUCUUCGGGAUCAUGUGUGCAUGAAGACAGACACAGUGUCCAUCCAGGCCAGCUCUGGCUCCCUGGAUGACACAGAGACGGAGCAGCUGUUGCAGGAAGAGCAGUCUGAGUGUAGCAGUGUCCAUACCGCAGCCACUCCAGAAAGACGGGGCUCUCUGCCAGACACAGGCUGGAAACAUGAACGCAAGCUCUCCUCAGAGAGCCAGGUCUAAAUGCCCGUGUUCCCUUGCCUCCCCACCUGUUCCUUCUCCUUUAUGGACCUCAGUCCUUAUGCUCGCUUAUACAACAGGCCCCCUUCCUCUGUGCUCGUCCUGCUCCUCCUCCUCCCACCCCGUAACCGCUCCCAAGCCCUCCAUGGGAGCCCUUUCCACCUGAGUCCGUAAUUACCCGUGCACAAGAAAUGAUGGCUCAUCCCGAGAACUUAGACCUGGAUUUUACCACGAACCUCACCUCUUGCACUCCGUUCUGAGCCCCCUGAAACUAGGCUCAGUAAUGAUUCCUCGUCGCUACAGAGCUCCACCUCCCCUUCCCGCUGGUACCCUCCGUGCCUGCCCCAAGAGAGCUGAUGACCCAGGACUGCAUUCUCCCCCAUCAGAGCUGGCCUGACUUCUCUAAGAGCACUUGCCCGCCAGGGGCCAGGGGGCUGGAGGGCCCAGGGGGGAGCUCAUGGGUAAAGGGAGAGAUGAAGGAUAGAGGCUGAGAGAAGGAGGAGUCAGCCCAGCUGGUAUGGGCAUCUGGGAAACCUCCAGCCUCAAGCGCGUUGGUAAUAUGAAAAAGCUUUUAGGGGUAGUUGGGCCUGGAUGUCCUGUCCAUUGCUGGCAAUGGAUCUUAUUCUUGCUCUAAGAGUUGCUGUUUUUUCAACUGGUAAGGUCUGGGUGUGGCUCAAGCUCUUCUUACUCCUGCUAGAAUGUCUGGAGCCUUUUCUGCCUUCAGAUGACUGGGGGCCCCUAUCGUGUGGCAGCUGGCUCAUAUAAAUUCCCUCCUGGUGCCACCACUGGCCAGUACCUUUUCUAAGUCUUUGACUCUAAGUAACCAGGUUGUGAGCUAGUAGCUUGAGUGAAUGAGGGGCCCUGAGGGCUGAGUCUCUGCGCUGUCUAAGAAGUGCUGCCGAGACCUAACAUCGCAUAUCACCUGGACCUUAAUGUUCUGCCACUCUCUGCCUCCUCCUCCUCCUCUGCGAUUCUGAGCACAGAGAUCCUGAAACGACUUUUCAAAGACAGGCCAGAAGUUUUCAUAAACUGUCAGGAAGAGCGAUUGGGUUAGAGACUUGGGGCACCCAGGGCCUAAAGGGAAGUAUCUGUGAGCUUGAGCUCCUGUGUUCUCUCUCAAGUGCUCAGGGAUCUAAGUUAGUGGACAGGGAGCCUGUGGCUACAUGUGGUGACGUCCCAUUCCAACUCUCUUCUCAGCUAAGUGACUUACUUUCCAUGCUGAGAUGCCAUCACUUGGGUCCUGCUUAUUCACACAAAGGGCACCCGUCUCAUGCUAGCAUCAGGGGAGUUGAGACUUUUUUCUGUCCUAAAACUUCUACGUAACUCUUCUUUGUUUUUGUUUUUUGGCCUAAUUUGCUUUUUCUGACCCAGCCCUGUAGCACCUGUGGUGAGGGGGGCCAAAUGAAGAUGGAAAGUGGGGGGCAAGGAGUAGAAAGGCAGUGAGAAGCCCUGACGAAGCCCUCUCAGCCCAGGGCAGAUCCAGACCUCUUCCACCCAGGCAUGAGAAGUGCCAGGAGAGGACCGCACGGGCUGAGAAUGGAGGGGAGGACUUCUAGAGAAGUUUCUGGAUUUGAAACAUCUCCUAUGGUUAUUGGUAUUGAGAAAUCAGCUAACACAUGUGAUGGAAAAAGGAGGACAAGAACAAACGUUUUGUGGUCAGUUCUAGAUUGCUAGAGACAGGAGCCAAGCCUUAGCCCUGCUCUCAGUCGUCAGCCCCAGGUCUGGGCCUAUACAGGACAGCCAGGCCAGGCCAAGAAGGUGUUCCCAGUACACAAAGUGGGAAGGGUGAGGUCCCUCUUCUGGGAGGAGAGGGGCACGUUUGACACUUGAUGGGGCAGUAAAAGAACGGGCACUUUGGGUCCUCAGACUCACGGUUGGGGACGGGGAGAAAGUAGAAAAGUGGCAUUUUCUUGAGUGGGAAGGGGGAAGGAUCUUAUUGCACUUGGGCUGCUCAGAAUGUAGAAAGGACAUAUUUGAAGAAAUAUCUAUUUGAGCACUGAUUUACUGUGUAAAAAGCAAAAUCUCUGUCCUAAACUAAUGGAAGUGAUUCUCCCACGCUCAUGUGUAAUGGUUUUAACGUUACUCACUGGAGAGAUUGGACUUUCUGGAGUUAUUUAACCACUAUGUUCAGUAUUUUAGGACUUUAUGGUAAUUUAAUAUAAAUUUAGCUUUUCUUAAUCACCUUGCCUGGCUUGGAGUCAUGACUAAUAACUGCACCUGCUCUGUCUGGCAGACCCAUGCUGUGGAAAACCUGCUUGCAGACAUCACCUCUAAGUCCUUUGGGGAUGUGGGGACAGUGAAGAGCAAUAGAGGGAGUGAGGUCCCUGGCUGGAGGUUCAGCUCAUCUUAAGAAGAUGGGUCAAGACCAGAGUUCAUUGGCUUAUGAAAUCCUUACUUCCUCUAGAGGUUUCACCGUGACUGUCAACUCUGAUUGGUUGGUAGUGGCUGCCUAGGGUCCUGUCCAGACUCAAGGGGAAAAGCGUUAUGAUCAAUAGUGACGUCUCCUCUGGGCACCAGGAGGAAGUGUCAUGGUAUGUAUACCAUGUAUCUUCUAAUCCUGUUCUCGGUCUAUGAGGACGUCAGUGUCACAGAACUUGAAUCUGCCUUGUACUGAUAGUCACUAGCAAGACUGUCUGAUGUAGUAAGAAAACUACGGAAUGGGGACAAGGAGGGCUAAUUCCAGUCCCAGAUUUGCCACUAGCUCUCUUUGAUCUUAGCCAAGUUUCAUAGUUACUCUGAGAAUGAUCAUAUGAACAAAGUUUCCUCUUGUUUGUAAAAAGCUGUCUUCUAAGAGCUCCUCCGCUACAUCUCAAGGUUAGAGCAAGGAAUUGGGGAUCCCUCUCAGGUUCUCUGGAUAUAAUACCUCUCAAUGAAGAUUGAGAAUCAUGCAAGUCUCAAUGCCAGAUGUAGAAUUUGAUGUAUUUAGUUGAUUUUCUAAACCACAAGCUAUUUAUAGAAUAAUGCUCCCAUUCAUUCAUUCAUUCAUUCAUCUCCCACUAUGGACCAGGCACUGCCCAAGCCUGACAACAGAGCUUAGAGUCUAGCAACACCACCACUGCCCUCAAAAAGGACAAAGAAAAAGAAAGCAAGAAAGACUGAAGCCUCUUGCAUUUAAAUGACAAGAGAUCUGAGUAUAAAUGACAGUGUAUAAUUCUUCCAACUUUGGUGAGGGAUAGGUGUGCUAUAACAAAAAAAAAUUGGAAUAGCUCAAGGACAACCAUCCCCUCGCUCCACCAUUCUUUAAAAAAAGAAGCACAACAGAGAGAGAAGGACAUUUUAAGCAGUGAAAUCCAGCCUAAAGCACAAGCCUUUAUCCCUGUCGGAAGUGCCCCCUCCCAAAGCCUCAGGGUUACAGGCCAGGCCAUGAACAGUGACUACAAGAGCUGGAAACUCAGGAGGAACUUUUCAAAUGGAAAGAAAAAAUGAACGCACUGAACACACCAUUUGCUUGGAAAACUGCAGAGGUUUCUGGGUGGAUGCAUUUUGCUUCCUUGUGACCACGUCAGCCAGUUUAAUCAGGCAUUCACUGCCUGAGACUUAGAAGUCCUGCUAAUCUGUGACUGUCCUGUCACUUCGGCAGGAGAAGGCAGCGAACAGCACUGGGUCCAAUGGCCCAGGUUGUGACAAGAAUGUGGCCAUUGGCAAAUGAGAAUUUAGCAACAGCACCAAGGACUGGCACCCUGUUUCAUUUUGUUGUUUUGCUGAUGAAGAUUAGCCCUGAGCUAACAUCUGUGCCAAUCCUCCUUCACUUUAUAUGUGGGUCGCCGCCACAGCGUGCCUGAGAGUGGUGUAGAUCCAUGCCUGGGAUCCGGACCAGUGAACCUGGGCUGCUGAAGCAGAGGGUGCCAAACUUAAUCACUAUGCUGUAGGGCCCGCCCCAGGGCACCCUGUUUUUAGGUUAUAAAAAUGGGCUGGCUUUUAGUUUCCUGAUCAGUAAAAUGAAAAGGUUGAACCAGAUGAUUGCUAAGGUCAUUUCUAGCCUGAAACUUAUAUUUACGUACCUUCCAGGAAAUCUUGGGGAUGAAACAAGGGUUGAGAAUUCCUUUCUGGUUCUCUGGAUAUAAAACUUGAAAUUUAUGAUAAGCGGGGAGAUGAUGGGUCAAAUCUAACAAACUAGACGUAUUUUUGCAAACUAAUUAUGUUCAAAAUAUAGUCACUGCCCUUCUUUCUGUAUUGUAUGAACCAAUUGUGGAACCUAAGAUGAAAAGAUCUCCGUGACCCAUAGAAAGGUCUCGAUGGUGUGAACUGAAGCUUUCACCAAACCUAGGCCUGCAGAAAAGAGUCAGUGCCGCACAGGAACUUAGAAAAAAAGCAUCUACAAGAGCUGAGGGUGCACGAGGUUCUAAAUGUAAUGUACUGAUAUUCAAGGGCAUCUGGUAAGCUUUAGUUAUUUCUACUUGUGGACAUGAUGAUUAAAGAAAUGUGGUUGAGCCCUUUUUAUGGGUAAGAAACAGUCUAUAAGUACGUCCUUCCUUCAUAUGUGAAGAUGACUCAGCUGAUCCACUUAAAAGGAUGUGUGUUUGGGGAUGUGUCAGGCAGCCUUUGUUUUGAAACAGUCCCUCACUUGCCCAUUUAUUUUCUCUCCAUAUCAUUCUCCUGUCAACCAGCUGGCAGAGGCUAAGCAGAGCUCAGCACAGGGAACAGAGUUUUAUUUCUAGUCAAGGCUCCAACUCACAACUUUGGACUCGACAUGAUGUUAAAACAGAUCCAGACAGCCUAAUUAAGGGUCUGAGUUUAAACCCCAGGCUGAAGUUAGCCCCAAGCUACACAGUCUGCUUGUUUCAUUUCAUAAGACACAGAGAGCCAAGAACUCUCACUUAUCUUGCCCUUCUCAGUGGUUAGCCCUCCAGCCCCUAAAAGCCUGUUGACAGCCUGCUAAGCAGUUCCCUAUCUCUCCCUCCUGCCUCCUUCCUCUUUGGUGGGGCUGAUGCUUCUGUGGUCAGUUCUUGGACAGCCUGCAUUUUAGGGGUUAUGGGAAAAUAGGCUAUGAGAAAAGAAAAAAAGGCUUCGUUCCUUCAACCAACACUUAUUAAAUGCAACCACUGCAAGCUGGGAUAGUCUUUGCAGGCUUGGAGGUCAAGGCACUAAGACCCACAGCCACCUGAGAUCUUUGUUAAUGUCACAACUAAAUCCAUGGAAUAAUGCAAAGGGUACCUGGACUGAAAGCUGAAAGGAAGGUAAUUAUUCAAGCUGCCCCUCUUAGGCUAGAAAUAUGGAUCCAUGUUCUAUGGUAGAGAUGUUUCAACCAGAAUACAGCUUGUGAGUAUGACGGAGUGAGCACUGUCCCAACCCUAGCAGGCUUUUCAGAAACGUCCAGCACGGUUAUUCAGCAGCCACAGCGUCUGGCAUUUGUUUCCUGCUUCCGGUUGCAAUAAUACAGUGUUCAUUUUGAUCUCUACUGCCCACAAGGGUUUUGCUGCCCUAUUAAUACCUUCCUUAAAUAGAGCUAUUGAGAAGUCCCUGGAAUAAAGUAGGCACAUAUCACUCUAAUAAAUACAUAGAUAAAUGCUAUUUGAUAAUAAUCCCGGACUGCAAAAGAUGACUGGCCAAAUAUAUAUUGAAAACCUACUAUCGGCAAGUUACUAUAUUAGGUUUCUACAAGGCCCUACAGGAUCUGCCACUCCCCUCCCUCCAUUGUCUAUCAGACCUCAUCUCCUACUGCCCUCCUACUGCCAUCUACUCUGCCCCAACUAAACAGGCCUCUCUCUGUUUCUCAGGCCUGCCAGGCAUGCUCCCAACUUUGGGUCUCCGCAUAGCUAUUCCCUCUGGCUGGCGCUUUCUUCCUUUAAAUAUACUCCUGGCUAACUAUUUGCCUUCUUCAAGUCUUUGCUCAGAUGUCAUCUUAAUGAAACAUACUCUGACCACCUUUUAUAAAAGUACAGUCUUUCCAACUCUACUACGCAAUCUCUCUUGUCCUGUUUUAUAGUUUUUUCUUUUCCCAUUGCACAUAUUGUCUAAUAACAUACUAUAUAAUUUAUUUAUGUGUUGAGUGUCUAUAUUUCCUCACUAUAAUGUGAGUACCAUAACAGGAGGGGUUUGUUUGUUUUUGGGUUUUUUGGGGGGUCUAUUUGAUCACUGAUUAUCCCAAGUAUCUAGAACAAUUCCUGCAUAUACUGGGUGCUCAGUAAACAUUGGUUGAAUGAAUAAGUGAAUAAAUGAAUGGAAUCAGACACCUCAUGCCCACCUUCUAGGAGGGCUGCACCUAAACCAUUUAAGACAAAAAGGGAUUUUGCCGUCUUGUUCUAAAACUCUCCAGGAUCCUGACUCACACAUCCUUUAUUGCGAAAAUUCCAGGUUACCAUCAUCCUCUCCUUAAAUGUAAUCUUCAGUUUAUUUCUGGUAAUAUUUAAAUAAAGUAAAUAUGCCAAUGACCAAUGACUGAAGAAGACUAUUGCUAUAUAUUCUUAACCCAUUUCUCAAAAGGUUACUGUGACCCUUUUGCUCUGAUUGGUUCCUUUCUCCUUCCCCUACCUACGGACCUGUGCUCAUUCCCCAUCUUUUCACUUUCUCCACUCUCCCACUUGUGGUCUACCACAAUUUCAUCUUUUCCCUCUAUGGGGGUGAUUCCUAAGUCUAUAUCACUUGAGUCUUAUCUCUUCUCACAGCUCUCAUCCUGUAUUUCCUAGGCCUACUUACUUGAUUCCAUUUGAAUGUCUCAUUGGGACCUAAAAGUAAACAGGUCUAAACUAAACUCCUUGCCUUCCCUUUGAGACUGGCUUCUCCUGACUUUCUACUUCCAUUUAGGCAAUCACUGCCUCCCAGUCCCUAGGCUCAAAUCCUGGCACACUCUGACUCAUCUCCCUCCAUGGGCCCCACCCUCUUUGCCCCUAAUCUAGUCAGUUGCCAAAUCCUUUACUCCUUCUUGAAUCUGUUCUCAUCAUUUCCACUGCUGUUACCGCAUAUCAGUCCAAACUGGGCUUCUAACUCUAACGAUUUUAGACAGUCAAGCUAAUUAAUCUUCCUAAAGUGUAAUUCUGAUUUUGUCACUCGUUUUCUCAGAAACCUUUAAUAGUUCCCCACUGCCUACUUAAAGUACAACUUCUUUACCCUAAUAUUCAAUACCUUUCAAGAAUUGUUCCUAACAUUCUCUGCCAAUCUUGUGUCCCACUACUUCCCAACAUGAACCCUAUUCUAAAAUCAAAGCCACGUGUUCAAUUCCCUGCAUACAAUGCACUUUCUUGUCUCUGUGCCUUUGCCCGUACCUUUCCCGCUACUAGAUAUUCUCCCUGCUUCUUCUAUUAAAAAAAUAAUAACAUGUCAGUGGUAAAUAUUUCAUUUCCCUCUUUAGCAAGUCCCACUCCUAUUAAGUUUCUUGAACUUCCAGGAAUGUUCUAAUCAUUUUCAGGCAUGCACACAAAUAUGCAUACAUUCAUAACCAUACAUAAUAAAAUCAUUCCAUACAUACUUUUCUGCAACUUGCCUUUUCUCAAUUAAAUAAAAUUUGUGUGUUUUUCUAACCAGCAUGUAUAGAUUAACUACAUUCUUUUUAACAAUUGCAUAGUAUUCUGUUGAAUGGAUAUACCAUAAUUUAUGUAACAAGUUCCCUAUUGAUGGACAGGUAAUUUCCAGGGUUUUUUUUCCUAUUAGUGCUGCAGUGAAUGUGUUUGUACAUUUUUCUAUGCAUACCUGCACAGAUCUGUAGGAGAAAUUCCUAACAGUGACAUUACUAGGCCAGAGAUUAUGUACAUUUUACAUUUUGUUAACUGCUAAAUUGUCCUCCUAAGAGUUUGCACCAGUUAUACUCUUUCCAACAGUGAGUUUGAGUGUCUAUUUCUCCAAUUCUUGGCUAACCAAAGGUUGUUAAACUUUUUCAUCUUCACCAAUUUGAUCGAUUAAAAAAACAAUUGUUUUCUUA